AUGAGUAAGAAGGACAUCGCGGGUGCGUUCAGGCUCCUGUGGGUGGCCCCGGAGGAUGUGGAGCUGUUCGGUGGGGAUAUGGAGGUGUUGAAGGGUGAAGAGGCCGUGGGAGAAGAGUGCUGCUCGGCUGGGGUCACGGUGAUCUACCUGGUGUCGUCUUUUGGGUUUUCUGGAUCCCCUGGCGAGUGGUCCAUGUUUGGGAGGGCUACGGAGGAGUAUCACCGAGCUCACCGCCCAGAGCAGCCUCGACGAGACCUACGGACGGGAUUCGAUGCGAAGGUGCUCGUGGACGAUUGCACCCUCGUGGAGCCCUAUGUUGGUCUGCGGCCUUGGGUCAGCGCAGAGGUGUUUGAGUGUGGGGUGAGGAUGAUGCUGGGGGAAGCCGCAAUCAAUGCCGAGAAGGACAAGAUUGAAGGGAGCUUCCGCACGUCACAGACCGUAUGGGGCUUGGUGAUGGACACGGUCACGGAGAAGGUACACCUCCCAGAGCGCCGAAUUCAGAAAGGGGCGGCAUUGCUGGCCGAGGCUGACUUUGACUACGGGGCCUCCACGCUGACACUCAAGCAACUCCAACGCUUCAGAGGCAUCAUGACUGGUUGGACCGCUGUUCUGAGAGGCCUCAACAACGAGCUGAAGGCAGCUGACAAGUUCCUACCUCAAGACGAUGCUACCCCCGUUGGAGCGGAUCACCCUCCUGGGGAGUGGGGUCGAGUGGUGGUGAUCUCCUCGGACGCUACACCCACAGUGCUGGGGGCCAUGGACUGGACCAACAAGUUCGCCUUCCGUGCUGAGGUGGCGCACAUCCGACAGUGGGUGACGAGGGUACUGACUGACCGUGAUCUGGCGGAGGAAGGUGACAGCUUGCAAGGUGGAUGUGAACGCGGCGGUCUCCCAAGCCUUGGAGGACACAGAGCGCUUUGGACCAUGCUUCCUGUCGUCAUUGAUGCAGCUGCGUUUCAAGUGGAGGAAUGGACACAGGGUCGUCGCUUGGUCAAGGACUUCGAGACGGUGGCAAGGGACUUGGGUGCGAACCCGUUCAUUGAUCAGGGACACUUGAGGAUGCUCUGUGGAAGUGUUGGGCCUGAUCCUUAUGGGAAACGUUUGAUCGCCUUCUUGCAGGCAGCCAAACGGGCGGAGGUUGUGGUCGCCCUGGUGGAAGGCCCACGGUUGGCAGCUUGGGAGCAAGGAGAAAGAAGGUGUCAAUGUGAAGGGUGGCACUAUGGCUUGGUGACGUCAGAGUUUGGUGAAGGGCUGGCUCGACGGAGACGGGGAUUGGUGGUUCAGCUGGAAGGGGAGAAGGUUGACUGGGGCAUGGCACUCGUCAAGACAGAGGCCCCGGUGCCAGCCACGACCAUGCUGACCGGCGUCUGGGGCACUGUUGGUUGGAAGAUCAUGACCGACGAGUGUUGCACGGCCUGGGAGGCCCUGUUUGUUGCAUGGCCUUUGUUCGAUGAGAAGUCUGGGGUGAUGGAACCGGUCUACGUAUUUGACCGCAAGGGCCCACCGGGUUUCCUCAGGAAGUUGACAGACAAGGAGCUGUGGACACUCCAGGGACGCGCUGGCCUACCUCGUGGCGAGAAUGAGGGGGAGGGUACCAAAGCCACGGGCAUUCGCACCGCCACAAGCCUUUUGACAGUUGGAGGGUACAUCCUGUUCAUGGUUGACCAGCAGGGCACCAAAGCAGGAAUGUGUCGAGACGUCCAAGGCGCCGAAGCUACGGCGCAGAUCCUGGUGUGGCUUCGCCGAUGGAAGCGGGGUGAGCUUCGAAGGGCCGGGGGACACCUCAACCCACUAUGUCGGUGGGCUGAGGGCUGGUGGCUGGACAUCCUGGAGGGCGACCUGUCUGAGGAGGAGCCGGGUGACCUUGGGCAUGGGUGCUAUGCAGGUGGCCGGUCAAAACGAAAGCCACACCAAGCGGUUGGGGAAGCUGCUGUGCAGGGUCUCCUGUCACAGUCGAGGCCGUUCGAUGGAAGGGUUACGGCCAGAGUGGAGGAAUGGCUUGAAGACAACCUCGGAGGUGACAAGGCGGCCAGCACGGAGCGGGCCUACGCUGGGUCUUGGGCGAAGUGGAAGGCUUGGGCGCGCCGACAAGAACUGCCAUCGGAAUACCUCAACCGGAAGGACGACGUUGUGGACAACGAGAACAAGGUGUUGGCGUUCAUCGGCUACCUGCGCUGGCUUGGGGCAUCUGGGGCGACCAUCAAGCAGGCGAUCUUUGCCAUCAAGGAUGGGCACAAGAAGGCAGGGGCUGGUGAUCCCACUGAAGGAUGUGCCGACUAUGGAUCCUGGCACGGGCGAUGGACCGGAAGUCGGCGCACAAGCCUCGAAGACUGGGGUUCACCCCCAGAUGAGAACAACCCGGCAUUUCCCGAGGCAGCAAUGAUCCAAGCGGCCAUGGUCACAGCCCGGUUCUUUAUGCUGCGAGCCAAGGAGUAUUGCGAUGGCAAUGGGGUCGAUGACGACAUGAUCCUUCGAGGCAUUGACAUCCGCUUCACCAAGGACACUAAUUGUCUCCGAUGGCAUGAGCGCCAACGAGGUGACGAUGCAAACAAGACCCUCAAGGCCACGGGGGAGAAACACCUAUGUCCAGUCGAAGCGCUGGCAAGGAUGCAGAGAGCAUGGCCGAUGAGGUUCGCCAAAGAGCAUGGGGAUGGGCUGAAGCCUCUCUUUCGAUGGGCAAAUGGAAGUGUGUUGAAGAGGGUGGAGGUUCAGUCACUCCUUCAACAGGCGGCGGGUGGCGUUGGGCUUCCCCCUGACCGGUUCAUGAGCCACAGCCUCCGCAUCGGAGGCGCCACGGCACUCUUCCAGAGCGCAGGGGAGAUCGAGCUGGUGAAGAGACAAGGCAGGUGGUCCAGCAGGGCCGUUCACAGAUGCCUGCACGACGGUGGAACUCAGCUGGCCAAGGUUUCGGUGAAGAUGGCACAGCUCGGCAACACCAUGCACUACGCAUGA